UACUACAAUUCCCACUGAGCGGCACAAUUCUUGGAGUUUGCGCACUGAGCGCUCUUGGUGAGUGUGAACAAGCCGAGUGGUUUCGGGUGAAUCGUCUGGUCGUUGCCAUGGAUCCGGCCUGGCGUCAACAGGGUCGGGGUCGUGGCCGGGGUCAGUCUCAGGGUCAAGUGUCGCGACCCCAGAAAGAGAGAGAGAAGGUGUUGGCUCCAGCAGCAGCAACCCCGACCCCUCCUGGAGGGGUGUGGGCUGGAGACGGGAGAGGAAGAGGAGGAGGAAGAGGAGCAGGGAAGAACAUUACCGCUUCAACAAAACCUGUCAACAGAGGAAAGAACAUGGUGGAUCCACCAAAAAACACUGCGUCCAGCCAAUCCAAGUUUGAGGAGAUCAGGAAGUCAAACCAGGCUGCUGCUCAACGAUUGGCUCAGAGCCAGUACAGCUCCUCCUCAGAUGACGAAGAGGAUGAGGAUGGUGUGGAGGUUCUGGGGAAAGAGGGGAAACGCGGACAGAUUCUGGCCUCCGCCCUCGUCACCUACACAGACCAGACAGGCGGUGACAUCACAGAGCUGGAGAGGACUCGUCAAUACCUGAGUGAUGCCUUCCAGUCGGGCGCUAUCACCUGUCUCAUCUGCAUCGCCUCAGUCAAGAGAAACCAGGCGGUCUGGAGUUGUUCCGGAUGUUUCAGUCUCUUCCAUAUUCCCUGUAUCCAGAAGUGGGCCAAGGACAGCGUCUUCCUCAUCUCUUCUGUCACUGACGAAGACUUUGGAAAGAAAGAUCAUCCGUGGCCCUGUCCUAAGUGUCGUUAUGAGUACAGCCCGACCCAGACGCCCAGCAGGUACCUGUGUUACUGUGGGAAGGUCCAGGACCCUCCUCUUGACCCCUGGUUGGUUCCUCACUCCUGCGGUCUGGUGUGUGACAAGGCCUUCAGUCCAGCCUGCGGACACCAUUGUCUUCUCCUCUGUCAUCCAGGCCCCUGCCCUCCGUGCCCCAAGAUGGUGUCAGUCAGCUGCAUGUGUGGCAAGGCCUCGCCCCUCCCCCGUCGCUGUAGCAACAAGCCCUGGUCCUGUCAGAAGAGGUGUGGCAAGACCCUGCCCUGCGGACAACACACCUGUACCAGCAGCUGUCACUCAGGUGUGUGUGACCCGUGUCCCAGGGUCAGUGUCCAAAAGUGUGUUUGUGGACGAGAGGAAGCAGAGAGACAAUGUGCCAGCCCAGUGUGGCACUGCCCACAGGUGUGUGGGCGUCCUCUGUCCUGUGGGAAUCACACCUGUGAGAGGGUCUGUCACUCAGGGGUGUGUGGGGUUUGUCCCCGAUCUGGCAACAGAGCCUGUCCCUGUGGAAAGUCAAAAUGUUCCCUCCCCUGUACAGAGGACGUCCCCACUUGUGGUGACACCUGUGACAAGCUGAUGGAGUGUGGCUUACACACCUGCUCCAUGAGGUGUCACCGAGGACCAUGUGAGACCUGCCGUCAGGAGGUGGAGAAACAGUGUCGCUGUGGGAGGUACACACGUGUUAUGCCGUGUCAUAAGGAGUACCUCUGUGACUCCAAAUGCCCCAACACCAGAGGAUGUUCACGCCAUCAGUGCCGGAGAAAGUGUUGCCCUGGUAACUGCCCACCAUGUGAUCAGAGUUGUGGUCGGACGCUGGGCUGCCGGAACCACAAGUGUCCCUCCGUCUGUCACCAAGGUAGCUGCUACCCGUGUCCAGAGACAGUGCAGGUGAAGUGUGUGUGUGGCAAAACCUCUCUGACGGUUCCCUGUGGUCGGGAGAGGAGCACCAAGCCACCGCGCUGUAAAGAACUGUGCAGGUCUCCCCCCUCCUGCCACCACCCCAGCAGGGAGUCACAUCGCUGCCACCCUGGGCCCUGCCCCCCCUGUCGCCAGCCAUGUCUGCUGGCUCUGCCGCGGUGCCCACACACUUGCCCACAGCCCUGCCACGACCAGGUCAUGGUCAAGACCAGCGACAAGGUGUUAGCUGGCCCAUGGGAGCAGCCAUCAGAACCAGCGUUUGUCUGUAAAGCUCUUCCCUGCCCCCCCUGUAUGGUGCCUAUACCAACGGCUUGUCUUGGAGAACAUGAGGUGAGUCCAGUCCCGUGCCACCAGAGAGGUCCCUUCUCCUGUCAGCGUGUGUGUGGUCGACCUCUGACCUGUGGUAACCAUAGCUGCAGUAAGGAAUGUCACCGUGUCACAACAGCCAAACUACAGGUGGGAUCCGAGUGUGAGCUGUGUGAGGAGGGCUGUGUUAAACCUCGCCCCCCGGCCUGCCCCCACCUCUGCCCGUUGCCAUGCCACCCGGGGCCGUGCCCCCCAUGCCAACAGAUGAUCCGGCAACGAUGUCACUGCAAGAUCUCCCUCCUCUACAUCGAAUGCCUGAAGUUCAGCAGUGCCCCUGACGCGGUGAAGAGUGAUCUUGGAUCCUGUAGGAACCAGUGUCCUAAACAGCUAAGCUGUGGACAUCGCUGUAAGGACCUUUGUCAUCCAGGAAGCUGUGAGGACAAAUGCUCCCACAAGGUCAAACUCAAGUGUCCCUGCAAGAGGAUCAAAAAGGAGUUGCUGUGUUGUAAGGCCCGUGAGGACCAGACCCAGGUGGAGUGUGACGAGGCCUGUAUCACCCUGAAGAGGAAGGCCUACGAGGUGAAGGAAGCUGAGGAGAGACUGGCUCAAGAAGAGGAAGCCAGAAAACAGCAGGCGGAGCUGGAGGCCUUUGAGAAGCGUCAGAAGGGCAGGCGUAAGAAGCGUGGGAGGCGAGGAGAGGAGGAAGAGGAGGAGGAAAGUGGGUGGAGGAGGUACAAGUUGGUGGUCAUGGCUCCUCUGUGUGGAGUUUUACUGGCUGCUGCUGCCUUCUACCUCAUCCACCUGGGAUGAAGUCACACACACACCUCUCUAACACACACACACCACUCAGACACACACACACCACUCUGACACACACACACACACACACUUCUUCUUCAUUCAACUGGGAUGAGGACACACCUUCUGUCAAGUACACACACACACACACACACACACACACACACACACACACUGUCUCACACACAGACACCACCCCUGUUCUCAGCCUUUUGUAGCGGUCUACAAUAACAGAAGAGGAGACUCAUCAAUGAUUGUUUCAUCUCCCUCUGAAUGAGAAUAUUUACGUGAAAUACUUUUAUCUUAUGUCCUGUAAUCACCAUUAUUUCUGGUAUAGUUAAUACUGCUGUUAUCAUUACUGUAAUUAUUAACGUUAUUGUUUGUUCAGUCUCUUCUGUGAGUCUGGGCCCCUGAGGUGUCGCGUGUGAAAGGCUGCAUUCACAUUCUGAGGGUCGGUCACCAAUUGAUCUGUUGAUCUGAUCUGUUUGAUUGUGUGAAAAGAUCUGACCUGAUUGGUCAAAAGACCAAUUAGGUGGAUAGAAUCAUGCUGAUGUAAGAUCAGGUCCUCUGUGUUUAUCCAUGUAAUCAGAUGCUGUAAUAGAGUUCCAACUGAUCCUGGAUCAGGUCUCUAUUCUAGAAGGUCCAUCUGAUCCUGGAUCAGGUCUCUAUUCUAGAAGGUCCAUCUGAUCCUGGAUCGGAUCUCUAUUCUAGAAGGUCCAUUUGAUCCUCGAUUGGAUUUCUAUUCUAGAAGGUCCAUCUGAUCCUUGAUCGGAUCUCUAUUCUAGAAGGUCCAUCUGAUUCUGGAUCGGAUCUCUAUUCUAGGAGGUCCAACUGAUCCUGGAUCAGGUCUCUAUUCUAGAAGGUCCAUCUGAUCCUGGAUCGGAUAUCUAUUCUCGAAGGUCCAUCUGAUCCUGGAUCAGAUGUCUUUUCUAGAACAGAUGAAUCCCUCUGAAGGUUUAUUUGAUGGAUGAUGGCUGGAUGAUGAGAUCAUGUGAUGACAGGAUGAUGGCUGGAUGAUGAGAUCAUGUGAUGACAGGAGAGGGCACACUCCAAAUGGCAGCCUAAUUACUUCCAUAGUGCCCUCAGAGUACAUGAGGCAUUACAGUAGUUUACUGGAUGAAUUAUAGGGCCUGACGUAAAGUAGUGUGCUGUGUGGGGUUUAGGGCGCCACUUGGAAAGUCGUCCUCCUGCAUGUUGUCUUCCUGUUUGUCUAAAUGAUGCUGAUGAUGAAUGAUAGGAUGUUUAGUUUUUGGUUCUGUAAUAAAAUAUGAAUUUAGAAAUACUUAA